AUGGAGAAAUCUUGUUUUCUUAGAGGAUUAUACAAUGUCUGGGGAGUUAAUUAUGAUGCAGUUAUCGAGUGCAUACCACCGGUCAUAUCAAUUUUUCUCAGUUUGUCGAUGUAUUUAAACGGAAUUUUUAAUGUAAAAAAGAUUAAGGAUAUGCUUUUAUUCAUUAAAAAUAACCACGAUUAUUAUAUGAAUCGUCCAGAAAAUAUGAUUCUUCGAUAUUAUAACAUGCAAGGAAAAAAGAUUACAUUUUAUUAUGCCUCAUACGUUUAUAUAACAGUAUUGGUUUAUUUAAUGUUACCAACGGUUCCACUGAUAACUGAUCUCGUUAUACCUUCAAAUCAUUCUCAAAAGAAAAACUUUCUAUACGAACUUGAUUAUGGCGUGGACAAAGAACAGUAUUUUUAUUAUAUAUGCAUACACUCAUAUGUGGGAACAACUAUGAUUGCCAAUUUAAUUAGUUCUUGUGAUACCACAUAUAUGCUAUAUGCUCAACAUGCCUAUGCUUUAUUUGCAAUUGUGAGUUAUAAAUUGAGAACCAUACAUAUUAUGGAUACAAAUUAUUUGAUAAAUAUGAAGGAUCAUCAUGUGCUCGAAAACUACAAAAAUAUCGAAUUAUUACCGGCGGAGCAGAAGAAAGUUUACAGAAAAUUAUUCAUUUGCAUAAAAGAACAUCAAAAUGCGAUAAAGUAUUCAAAUCUUCUUGAAUCAUUGUUCAGCAAAUCCAUACUUGCUCAGUUGUUCUUCAAUGUGCUUUGUUUUAGUAUUACAGGAGUUGAAGUUGUAAUGAAAGUAGGUAAUAUAAGCGAAAUGAUAAGAUUUGGAUCGUUUACGUUCGCACAAGCUGUUCAUAUAUUCUUUCUUUGUUUACCUGGACAAAGACUAUUAAAUCAUAGUGAAGAAGUAUAUGUCGCAGCAUGCGAAGUAAUAUGGUAUAUACUUCCUAAAAAGUGUCAUAAUUUAUACAAACUUUUACUUGCAAGAACUUUGAUAUCUAGUAAAAUAACAGCUUUCAAACUGACAAUUAUGAGAAUGGAGACAUUUCUUACAAUUAUUCAAUCUGCAAUGAGCUACUUCACUGUAUUGUUAUCAACUAUAUGA